UGGGAGGAUGAAGGCGCUGUUGUGUUCAGGCAAACAGCACAUGCAGCCGGCGAUUUCUGCCGGUCAGACCAAGCCUCUGAUGAUGAUCAAUGAAUAAGGAAGCGUUAUGCCGAGCAGAAAUAUCGCACUUGACUAAUUUCUGGCUCUGUGGACGAAUCAGGAUUCGACCUCAGUCUUUAAAAUGAACACACACACGCUUUCAGUGUUGGGACUGUGAAUGACAAGCGGAACGAGAGCGGAAUUUCAAUGAUCGCAUUUCUUGCUUUAAUGCGGAAUUUGUGCAACUUUGUCGCCGAUGUGUUUUGAUCUGUCAGCGUGUGUUUGAGAGACGUUCAGCAGUAUGAAAAGCAGUAUGGCACGGAUAUAGCUUUAUUUAACACCGCUGGUCACUGAAACAGCGUCCUGAUUGUGUCCUGAUGCUGUAACGUGUAAAGAGAUUAAAUCGUUAGACUUGUUUAUCUAGGCUAAUCGAGUUCAUUGUCCUGAUAAACACGUCCGGAAAGUCUCGCAGUGGCUGAUACAUGACUGUAGGGAAGUUAGGAGAACUCUGCCAGGUCUUCAUUAUUAUUAUUAUUAUUAUUAUUAUUAUUAUUAUUAUUUGUUUGACUAUCCAGGAUGGCGGAUGUAGCUGAUGUCAAAUAAGACAUGUGUGGUUUUGAAGGCGUCUUCUGAACUUACUCGGAUCUCGCCUCCUAAAGACAACAUUUUCAAGCUGGAAAUCGCUCUGGAAAACAUUCUGGGUUGGACGAGACGAUGUUGUAGUUUUUUUCAAUGGUCAAGAGCGAGUCAUAAUCCGAUCUCUUCAUAAAUAGGUUUAAAUGUGAAGAUUUAGAAGAAGAAGAAGAAGAAGAAGAAGAAGUGAAAUGUGAGCCAAUUCCUGGCUCUCUAGUGUCAGAUGGGCAUCGCCUAAGUGUGAACACGGCCGCAUUUAUUGGCGAUUAUAGACCAAAGGACUUUUAAGAACUGAACAACAAACAUUUAACGACUCUGUCUCUUUUAAAGUGCACACACUGUGCGAUCUACGGUGGAAAUCACGGGGCAUCACACACAGCAUAAAGGCAACACGCAGAAGACCUGGAACACAACGAUCAUCUUUAACAGGGUGUAAAGAGUGGUAAAGGUUUUCCUACGAUCUUGGUCGUUUAUCUGGGACUUGACCACCAGGGCUACAGGGUUAUGGUGUGUAUUUAGCCCUAUGAGAGGUCUUUUUGCUAGAACUGCACCGUGGACGGAAACCCCGACGCGUCGCCCGUCCGCGCGCUGAAGCGGAGCUGUCCACCAACGCGGGUUCUGACGCAGAGAUUCACACUUUACUGACAAGCUAAACACACACACACACACACACACACACACGUCCGUCCGUCCCGAAGGUUUGCCGAGACUGCCAAACGGAGCGUGUCAGCUCUCAAGUCAAUGCCAUGCACCCCCCGGCUAACACCUGCUGCCCAAAUAGAGGUCUGUCAGCCUCCUGAACGCCCACUCUCUUCAGUGCAGAGGAUGCUGGGAAUGUGUCGUGGGCGCAGGAAGUUCCUGGCAGCCUCCCUCAUCCUGCUCUUUAUCCCAGCCCUCACCUGGCUCUACCUGUCUGCUACCAACUUCACAGUGAAGCCACUGCCUUUGUCUCCACUGGAGCCUCAGUCCUCUACGCUGGCCCUGGAACUACGGGUACGGGAGGUAGAAGAGGAAAACCGAGCGCUCAGGAAAGAGCUGAGUCAGCCACCCAGGAACCCCACCCAUGGUAACCAGUAUGGCAGUGGACGCCAUGGCAACCAAUCCCACGUUGGCAGAGAGGGUUCGAGACAUGCAGAGGCUCAGAGAGGAAUCUCUCCAGGAAACAGCUCUGACUGUGUGUCUCAGCCUGUGGUGGAUAAAUGUGAGACAAUUCAUAUGGCCAUAGUGUGUGCCGGGUAUAAUGCCAGUAGAGAUGUGGUGACCCUGGUGAAGUCUGUCCUGUUCCACAGACGGAACCCUCUCCACUUCCACUUCAUUACAGACUCCAUCGCCCAGCAAAUCCUGGCCUCCCUCUUCCACACCUGGAUGGUGCCAGCUGUCCAAGUGGACUUUUAUGAUGCUGAUGAAUUGAAGUCUGAGGUGUCGUGGAUUCCUAACAAGCAUUAUUCGGGUAUCUAUGGCCUGAUGAAGCUGGUCCUGACGAAGACGCUGCCAUUAAACCUGCAGAAAGUCAUCGUUCUAGAUACCGACAUCACCUUCGCCACAGACAUCGCUGAGCUCUGGGCCGUCUUUCACAAAUUCAAAGGUCAGCAAGUGCUUGGGCUGGUAGAGAAUCAGAGUGACUGGUAUUUAGGGAACCUAUGGAAGAACCAUCGACCAUGGCCAGCUCUAGGCAGAGGCUUCAACACUGGUGUGAUUCUCCUGCUGUUGGAUCGUUUGAGGAAGCUCAGAUGGGAGCAGAUGUGGAGACUGACAGCAGAGAGAGAGCUGAUGAGCAUGCUGUCUACAUCGCUAGCAGAUCAGGAUAUCUUCAAUGCUGUCAUCAAACAAAACCCUUUCCUGGUGCACCAGCUGCCCUGUUUCUGGAAUGUUCAGCUGUCGGAUCACACGCGCUCCGAAAAGUGUUACAGAGACGUGUCUGACCUCAAGGUGAUACACUGGAACUCUCCUAAGAAGCUGCGGGUGAAGAACAAGCAUGUGGAGUUUUUCAGGAACCUUUAUCUGACCUUUCUGGAGUACGAUGGCAACCUGCUGAGGAGGGAGCUAUUCGGCUGUCCAAGUGAAACUGACCACAAUAGUGAGAACCUCCAAAAGACUCUAAUGGAGCUGGAUGAGGAUGACCCAUGUUACGAGUUCCGGAGAGAGCGCUUCACUGUGCAUCGCACACACCUCUACUUCCUGCACUACGAGUACGAGCCCAGUGCAGACCAGACUGAUGUUACACUCGUGGCCCAGCUCUCCAUGGAUAGGCUGCAGAUGCUAGAGGCCAUCUGUAAACACUGGGAAGGACCCAUCAGUCUGGCUCUCUACCUGUCUGAUGCUGAGGCACAGCAAUUCCUGCGCUAUGCCCAGGGUUCUGAGGUGCUCAUGAGCAGAAGCAAUGUGGGAUACCAUAUCGUCUACAAAGAGGGCCAGUUCUACCCCGUCAACCUGCUGCGCAAUGUUGCCAUGAAACAGGUCAACACACCCUACAUGUUCCUGUCUGAUAUUGACUUCCUGCCUAUGUACGGACUCUACGAAUACCUCAGGAAAUCUGUAGUACAGCUGGACAUGGCGCACACUAAAAAAGCUCUGGUUGUGCCUGCAUUUGAGACUCUGCGAUACCGGCUGUCCUUUCCCAAAUCCAAGGCUGAGCUUCUGUCCCAGCUGGACAUGGGCACUCUCUUUACCUUCAGGUACCAUGUUUGGACAAAAGGUCAUGCUCCAACCAACUUCGCAAAAUGGCGGACAGCCACGACGCCGUACAGAGUGCAGUGGGAGGCUGACUUUGAGCCGUAUGUGAUGGUGAGGAGGGACAGUCCAGAAUAUGACCGCAGAUUUGUGGGAUUCGGCUGGAACAAAGUGGCUCACAUUAUGGAGCUUGAUGCGCAGGAAUACGAGUUUGUGGUUCUACCCAAUGCCUAUAUGAUCCACAUGCCUCAUGCGCCGAGCUUCGACAUCACCAAGUUCCGGUCCAAUGAGCAGUACCGUGUUUGCCUCAAGACUCUUAAAGAAGAGUUUCAGCAGAACAUGUCCCGCCGCUACGGAUUUGCCGCACUUAAAUACAUGACUGCGGAAAAUAACAGCUAGCACCUCUGCCAUACUAAAAUCCUGCAUGUGAGAUGGACAAAACGACUUUAGAUUAACAUAAAAUAAUGGCAGAAAUGGACAGUAAUAAGUGAUGGAAAGUAAGUGGACAGCAGUAAGUGAUGAAAUCUUCAAACCACAGAGCGGCUGGUACGCUCAUUAAAAACAGACUUUAGACGGACAAGUAAAUUAAUUUCCAUAACGCCCUACAGCUCUACACCUCUGACUAGAUGGAUGGUUAUUCCAGUACCUAACUUCAAACUGCAAAUUUAAACCUUUGACAUGUAUAUUUUUUCCAGGUUUUUCCUAUUUUUGCCUCAAAUCAAAAUCAAGGUAGCAAAACUACUUCAAAAGCUUAGUUUUGUUUUGCUUUAAGGAAGUCAUCUUUAAGGUUGUUUUGACAGAUUUAAAUACACUGUUUUCACCUUAAUAGAUAAAUAAAUAUUUUCCAGGGUAUUAAAAAAUGCAAUUAUGUACAAUUAACCUAGUAUGAACUAGACUGGAAUAGAUGAAACGGUAUCAGCUCCAAAUUUAGCUGAACAGCAAAGAGUAAGAGAAAAAUGCCAAAACAUACAGCUACAGAUUCAACUACCCAACUGCCAAGAGAUCAAAAUAUGAAACAUCAAAUACAGCAAAGGUCUGAAAAGUAAUUGAGCCUAGAAAGGAAAUAUGAUUCAUUACUUCGACGAAAAAUGUCACUGGAGAAAGUAAUUAUGAAAUAAAGCCGGUGUUCAUACAUGCAACAAACAGAAGAGAAACAGACAGAUAUUUAUAUUCCUUUAGAUAAUUAAGGUUAUUCCAGAUAAUCAAAUCUUUUCUCCAUAAUAUCAUGCUGUACUGUUGUAUACUAUGAUGAAAACAAUGUUAUGGCAUUAGCGAAGAGCUGCAAGCGGUUCCUCUGAGCCAGUGAAAACCCCAGAACAAUGUUGUUAAAAUGAAUAUGUCUAUUUUG